AUGACGCACAUCACAUCCCCCUCCAACGCCCCAAACAGCCUUUUGAUUGACUCUAUCCGCUUCAGGAAAAGCGCGUCCCAGGAGCAACCCUUAAUUGCUCCCCUCGACCGGGACCCCCUCCCCUCGAACCCUUUAACCCCUUCCGCCGCUGCCGAUCCGGCCGACUACCAGAGUCCAAACCUCUCGAACGAUGACCUACAUACCUCCCACGUCCUCCUCAGCACCGAUAACCCUUCCAGCUCUCUAGCCCGACCUGACCGUCGUCUACCGAUGCCGCAGCGGUCUCCCUUUCUCCGGACAGGCCAACCGUAUCCCGUCUCGUACGGGUCGGUAGUGUCAAGUCCAAGUCAGGAGAUCACCCCCAUGGGCACUGAUGCCGAAGCUGCCGACUCGCUCUCCAUGAAUCGGGCCGCCGACCAGGCACAUACACUCGCCCAUCGGCCCUCGCUGACGGGCCUACAGCGGGAAGCGCUGGACAGCGCCGUUCUGGUGACCGGCAUGGAAGGUCGCUUCGCCGUGGCUGAUGCUGCCAUGGCUACUGGCAUACUAGAAGAUGGCAAGUCGACGUACGGCGGAAGCAUCGCCAAUACAUCCUAUGCUGAGACCGGCAGCGAGAUGGAAGAAAUGGACGCCGAGGCCCUCUCUGGCCGCGAUUCGGACGACGACGACGAGGACCAGGAACUGAUUGAUAAUUCGCCCCACGACGCCGUUCGCGCCUCUGUCUCCCCUGUAGACAAUACGACUCUAUCUAUAAAUACGCCUAGAAUGUGGACGCUCUCCAUUCUUUUCUCCUUCUUAGGAUCAUCCACCAAUCUUUUCUUCUCUCUGAGGUACCCUAGCGUUGCCAUAACCCCCGUCAUUGCCCUGUUGCUGGUGCACCCAUUAGGCCAUCUAUGGGACUACUUUCUCAAACGGGAUGGCGACCCCGUCGACGAGUUCGUGGACGGUGUUCGCCGGGGACGGAUCUUUGAUUCGCCCAGCGAUGUUAGCCACCGCCAUGCAACAAGAUGGGACAAGCUACGGUUGUGGCUUGCCCAGGGGCGCUGGAACGAGAAGGAGCAUACCUGCGUCUACGUUAGCAGCAACGUCUCAUUUGGGUUUGCGUUCGCGACAGAUGUCAUCGUGGAGCAGCACAAGUUCUAUGGGCAAGAAGUCAGCAUCGUCUACCAGCUCCUCUUAACUAUAUCGACCCAGAUGCUAGGAUACACCUUCGCCGGCAUAACAAGGCGUUUUCUCGUUCGCCCAAGCGGCAUGAUCUGGCCGGCGACGCUCAUGUCGGCCUCCAUGUUUUCGACCUUGCAUAAAGAGGACAACAAGCCCGCAAACGGCUGGAGAAUAAGCCGGUGGAAGUUCUUCUUGGUCGUGUGGCUGUCAGCAUUCUUGUUUUACUUCCUUCCAGGCCUCCUGUUCCCUGCGCUGAGCUACUUCAACGUCCUCACUUGGUUCGCGCCCGACAAUGUCGUCGUUGCAAACCUGUUCGGCGUUGUCUCCGGCCUCGGCCUGUUUCCAAUGACAUUCGACUGGGCGCAAGUUACGUAUAUUGGUUCGCCAUUGCUCGUUCCGUUCUGGGCCGCCGUCAACGUCGUGGGCGGCCUCAUGGUCGUCAUGUGGAUCAUUGCUCCCCUCGCUUACUACAGCAAUGUCUACUUUUCCUCCUAUAUGCCUAUACUGUCCGCCUCCGUCUUUGACAACACAGGCCAUGUCUAUGACGUCUCCAAGAUUCUAUCACCCGACUUUCUCUUUGACCGAGAGGCGUAUAGUAAUUACAGCCGAGUGUUUUUGCCCAUAACGUACGUCUUGAGUUACGGCGUCCAAUUUGCCGGACUUGCCGCCCUCCUAACGCAUACCUUCUGCUGCGGGACUCCCCGCGAAGGCCUCUCUCGGAGCACCACGAUCAGCAUGGAUGGCAUGCUCGGCAAGGAGGACGUACAUAACCGGCUGAUGAAGAGGUAUAAAGACGCGCCGAUUAGCUGGUAUCUUUUGACGUUUGCGUCAAUGACUGCCAUCGGCAUCUUCCUCGUCGAAUAUUACCCUAUUCAUCUGCCUUGGUAUGGGCUGCUCCUCGCACUCGGCAUCUGCGCCAUCUUCUUCAUCCCUAAUGGCAUCAUUAUGGCCGUCACGAACCAGCACAGCAGCAUCUACCUAAUUUAUUCCCCUCGCAUCCUGUUUCUGGUGCAAAUCGUGGCCACUCUCGUCUCCUCCUUUACCCAAAUCGGCGUCCUCAACUGGAUGUUUGUCAACGUGAGCGGCAUCUGCACCCCGCAGGCCCUCAACGGCUUCACGUGCCCCCUCGCCCGCGUACACUUCAACGGCUCCAUUCUGUGGGGGUCCGCGGCGCUUGACUCGGGACUUGCCUUUGGCAUCGUCGUCGUCUUCUUCGGCUUCAUCUACCCCGGCUGGAUGGAGUCGUUCAAGUGGUGGGGUACCGAGGUGUACAAGCAGGGCUGCGACUGGCAAGCCUGCCCAUACAAGACCGUGCCCGAAGGCCAGCGAUUCGGGCCCGAUACAUGGUAG